UGACGGAAGUCGAGUUUGAUUGUAUUGGAUAGACUGUAAUAAGUUGCUAAUUGGAUAAAAUCAACAAUGGAUUCGCGAAGGGAACAACUGUGUGAAAUGGUCCGGUCUUGCUUCAUCACCGGGAAAGAGGACCCGAAUACGGCGGAACAAUACAUAGCUACUACUAGGGAUGUGUUGAAUGACACAGUCGUUGUUGACAUAGACCCCAGGGCCGCGGAAGUUACGGUUGGAUAUCUGCGUAGGCAUGGAGUGUUGGUGGUGUUCCAGGGAUUGGAUGCAGGAGUGCCGUUCGCAAAAAAAGAAGAGUGGAUGAGAGCAAUUGAAUCGGGUUGGGAUUUCACCAUGGUGCAAGGACAGAAAGGGCGGCUAAGACCAGAAGGAGCCAAUAUGAUUUCCUAUCUGGCAGUCAAUCAUGUGUUGCGAGAUUGGCUAAUCGAUACUGUUCAACGUGAAGAGAAAGCAGUGGUGGGAGGUAAGCCGUGUAAGGUGCUUUAUAAACAAUGGGCGACCCCGGCAGAGCAGGCCAAGGCAAGGGAAGAUCUGCAGGCCCAAAGAUUCUGGAUCAGGGUCUUGAGAGUUCCCUUCUUGGCCAUGCCCUUCUUGGAAGCCGCAGUUAAAAAAGAGUACGGUCAGGUUCAAAAAGCUUAUCCUCCAGAGAGAAAUCAGGCAACACCUAGACUUGUGAACCGUAGAUUUGACCUUCACCCGAGGGCAAAAUCGAAAGUCACCAAAUAUCUUAAAUUUUGUUCACCCCAGGGAUGGCACAAUGUGGAAGUAGUUACACAAGAUUCUCCGUGGUGUCAUGAUUGUCGAUGGUAUGGCCACAAGUCGGGUGAACAGUCUUGUCCAAAAAAAGGAGCAGGGAUGGGGUCUGUGAAGCCAAGUGGCAACGCAGGUGCCCCAUCAGCAUCUGGGAUUGGAAUGGGAUCAGGGGGAUUACCAGUCAGUGCUGGAAUCCCAUCAUCGUCAGGUCAAGUUCAGAACAAACUGCCUGGCUCUAAUGCCUCCACCUCGAUGGGGGUCUCUGCACUUUCGGCCACGAUGAGUACAGCCACAGUUUCAGUGAGUCUGGCAGCGGGAUCCUCGGGAACAGGCCCUUUGAUGGGGCUAAUGUCUGUGGACCCUGCAAACGCCACAGUCGUCACAACGGUUGGAACAGCAAAUUUGAUAGCACAAGGACUAACCGUUGAACCAGGACAGACAGUGAUGCAACAACAGGCGACGCCGGGACCGGAAAUACGCAUGACUCAGCAAAAAGAGUCGGCCUCGAGUACAAAGAAAAAAAUCCUUUCUGGGGGACCGAAAACGAUAGGCCAUAAACCGUAUCAGCGUCACGGAGGAGUUCGGAAAUCAGAUGACAGAGUUGUCACAUGGGCUGAUAUGGUGGAUGGAGAUGAUGAAUUGGGAGAUGGAGAACUCCAACCCCAUGUCCAAGAACAAAACGAACAGAUAGUCCAGCGAGCGGAAGUGUUUCAGGGCUCAAUCAAAGAAGCUAUUGCAGCGGGACAACCUUGGGUUGUCGUUCCUUUAGUUUUUCUGGCGGUGGAGGGGGAUCUGCAGCUCAUGACUGCAUUCUCAGCAGAAGGAGCUCUUUCUAUCCCGCACUUUGAGAUGCACAUGGAACCGACAGUUGAAACUGUAUUGGCGGAAGUCCAAAAGUGGUUGGCUUCGGCCUACAGAGUGAGACCCUACCCUGCCAUGGAAUGGGUUAGGCUCACACCCACAAAUGCUCAAGGCCGGACAGAUAUUCUUUGCUUUCCAAUUAUAGAUGCAAUUGUCAACCCUGCUGCAAAGGGAGUUGCUCCGCUGACUGGAUUAAGAUGGAUAUCGCUGCAGCUGUUCAUGAACCCCGGGGGACAGACAGCGAUUGAUACCAGAGUGUAUGAUUGUUGGAAUGCAGCACUAUUAACGCAAGUGGACUCACAUAUUCCAUGGCACAAAAGCAUCUUCUCCAACCACUUCUUGAUGCUGAAAUGUGCAGACUGGACCGACAUGUGAAAUCAUGGAUAGAAUCAGGCUGGUCUCAUGGAAUGUAAGAGGACUGGGUUCAAGAAGAGUGGCAACAAAAAGAUCUUUGAUUA